AUGGCUACUCGGAAAUGCGCAGCGGUCGUUGUAGGAGCCGGUCCGGCUGGAGUUGCCGUCAUGGGAAACCUGUUGGAGCGCCAACUAGGUACGAUCGCAUGGAUUGAUCCUUCGUUUGAGGCUGGUAGAGUCCAUAGCAAGUAUCGCGAAGUUCCCAGCAACACCAAGGUGUCAUUAUUCCAAGCGUUCGCGAAAGCCACACAGCCCUUCCAAAAAAUCAUCGAUAACACUAAAUCACCUAAUGCAUUCACAAAAUUGGCCAAACUUGACCAAGAAUCCACCUGCACCCUUGGUUUCGCAGCGGACAUGGUUCGCGGCUUAACAGACGGUCUACUAAAGAUGGAGCAAGUAUAUGCAUGCCACGGCUUGGUCAAAUCAGCCAACCUGAACGAAAUGACCUCCAACUGGACCAUUUCCAUCAAAAGGAAUUCAUCCGAAGAUCUCGAGACCAUCGAGGCUGCCCGCUUGAUCCUCUGCACAGGCUCCUUCCCCACAACAGCCCCCAUUCCCGUCGGGGGAUUGGACAUCCAACGCUUGGACCUCGAUGUAGUACUCAAGCCCACCGAGCUAGCCGAGACCCUCCCCUCAGACAGACCUAUCACCGUCGCUAUCGUCGGAGCAUCCCACAGCGCCAUUCUUGCCAUCUUGAACCUCACCAGCCUCGCCCAAACUUCCCACCCUCUCUUGCGCAUUAGCUGGUUCACCCGCCACCCCCUCCGCUACGCAGAGUACAAGGACGGCUGGAUCUUGCGCGAUAACACCGGUCUCAAGGGCCUGGCUGCGAACUUUGCUCGCUCCGAACUGGAAGACGACAAGCUUGCCACUUCACCUGCUGGACAGGUUCUGGCGAAGAUCGACUGCGCCGGUGGGCCGGAGAUUGAGGCUGCUCAGUACCAGAAGUACUUGCCCACGUGUGAAUAUAUCGUCCAGGCGGUCGGGUAUACCCGUACCUCGCUUCCCAAUCUCACGAAGGAUGGAGCGCCUCUUCUUUUGAGCUUCGAUCAUGAUACUGGUACAUUCCACGAGGCCGGUCGAGCAUCUGAUGUUCCCGGGCUGUUUGGUGCUGGUAUUGCGUUCCCUGAGCGGGUCGUGGACCCCCAUGGAAACGAGGAGUAUGCGGUUGGGUUCUGGAAGUUCAUGAAGUUCUUGAAGCGGGUCAUCCCUUCGUGGGUUGCUUGA